UAAAUGUGUCAACAGUUGAUACCUACGUGUUUCUCGCUCAAUAUCUUCAAUCUGCAUUCUGCAUCUAUUAGUCUAUGGCUAUUGUUUUGUGUACUGUUUUGCGUGUUACGCUUACUAUAAAUUUAGGAAAAUAUUAAAGCUUUUGAAUUGAAAUAAGUGAAUAUUCACAUGUACAUGUCGCUAAAGAAUCUCGAAAGAAUUUAAUAACAUUUGGCAUCGUAAUAUUAUUCAUAUAAUAUCCACAAAGAUGCAGAGAAAACCAGGAUACCCUGCUACCGCUAAUAAUAUGAAAAUGGAGCUUGGUUUGGGAAUGGAAUACGUUGCGCAAUGUGAUUUUGCAUCUGAAAGCCAAUGUGAUGACGAUGAGACGCAACAGCGCCGACAGCAGCUAAUAAACUUUGGACAUUCUCAGUGGGGGUUCAAUAAUUGGAGUUGGUUGGUUACUUCACAAGCCUUAGAUUUUGUCGAAAAUCAUAAUGGCAUAUACACAGCUGGUGUUGCAUGUUUUGUGUCCGUUAAAGUAAAAAGUCUGGAUAUACAACGAGUUAAUGUGGGCUAUGCAACAUCAGUAGCAGCCUAUAAAGGACUCUCUAUUCAUAGAGCAAGGAUGUGCUCUGUGACAAAUGGUCUUCUCGAAACUCUUUUGAGUUUUGGUGGAAAUCUUGCUUCAGAACUAAUGGAACUCCUCGAAAGUAACAAAAAUGAGGCAGCAAACCACAUCAUGGUGCCUGAAGCUGUUCCAGAGAGCAGCAGCAAUCCGCUUAUUAAAACAGAACCAAAGAACCUCUCAAAGCCAAUUAAUAGAAAAGAUACUGAAGCCAAUGUAAACCUACCUCAGGUUUUUCCACAGAAGGGGCCUAAGAAUACACUAAACCCUCCCGUGGCUAAGGCCCAUCCGAUGCCCGCCAACCUGGCAAUCAACAUGUCAACGAAUCUCCCAAAUCCUCCGACGACCCCGGCCGCUAACUUGCCGCCCGCCGCCAACGCUCCCCGGCCACCCUACGCCGCGCCGCCCGCCCCCGCCCCCGCCCACGUUCGUCCCAACUCCAACGUAAGUUUCGUGAUGAUGCCGCCGCUGUACGCUCCCCCCCGCUUGCCUCCGCCGCACGCCUUCCCCAACUACUACGAGCUGAGUCCCUGGCAUUUCUCGUACGAGCCUCACAAUCUCAACUUGAAUCUCAACAUGCCGUCCCGGAACCUUCUCGUUGGUCGUGACUGCAAGCGCGAGGACUUCCAGCCUCAGCAGGGCUGUUGGAUCAAACCCACCAUAUUCUACGACGGGUUCUGGACGGAGCAGAAGGUCAGGAAGUGGGUCGCGGAACAGGUCGAGAAACAGUUCCCGGAGGACAAGACAACCUCGCCCGCCGACUCCACCACCAAAUAAAGGAGUCCCAUCCGGUCUCGACGUGUAUUUGAUGUUUUAUGAUUGUCACCUUUUUGUGAUGUUUUAAAGUAUUUCUUAAGUAGUUAAACGGCGUACGAAAUACAUACGUGAACCUGUUGUUUUUCGUGUGAAGAGGUUCAAAUUUUGGUAAUUACAGGUAGUUUAGAAUGUUAAGGAUUGUAGUAGUGUUUGAGAUUGAAAGUGUGGUAAUUUGUUUAUAUAUUACAAUGUUAGAAUUAUACAAAUUGUACGGCCAUUAUGAUUUGUCGACUUGCUCAGUGCUAGACUAUGGUUAUUCUUAGAACUUAGUAUUUUAGUGUCGUGAAAGUAAUCUAUAUAAUCAAUUUGAACAAGAAUAUUUCCAUUGACUUAAUAGAUAAUAGAUGUUGCCAGUAACAAGUGAUGCGUGUGAUGUUUUUAUCACGUUCAUGGAAUCUUGGAUGUAGAGAGUACAGCUGAUCAGUAUGAGUAUGUGUUUAUUGAAAUAAAAAAAAAUGAUUAAACUGAA